AUGACGUUAAUUACAACCAUCAAAAAGACGAUCUAUAGCUAUUUCGCAAAAAUCUUUUGUUACUUUCUUUUUACCUUUAUACUCGUACCAGGUCUGCUUCGAAUUUUUUUAAUAGAACAGAAUGCCCGUAUAAGGCUCAAGAUAUUUGGUCCUAUCUGCACAUGUUCUAUAAACGCCACGAAAUAUAGUAUAUUAAUGACGCGCGGGAAAAAAAUUAAAGAGUGCAUGAAGCAUGUAAGGGAAGACUGGAAAAAGGUGGUACUAAAGAAGGAUUACGAAUCAAUGAUGACGCAUGCCAAGGUCGGAAGGACUUUAGUGGUGAUGUCAGCAUCAUUUAUAUAUGGCGCUGGAAUGUCCUAUCGUACUAUCUUACCUCUUUCAAAAGGCAAAAUCAUCAUCGGUAAUCUCACAAUAAGACCCCUUGCAUGUCCAAGUUACUUCGCAAUAUUCGACGAACAAAAAUCACCAGCUUACGAGCUCGUUUUCUUCGGACAAUUUCUUGCUGGCUUCUUCGUUUAUUCGGUGGCUUGUGGUGUUUGUGGUCUAGCAACCUUUCUAAUCAUGCACGCAUGUGGCCAACUUGAAAUUCUUAUGAGAAUGAUGAGAAACAUUGUCGAUGGGAAAGACGACACCGACGAUACUGAUCCGGAUACGCGUAUCGCCGAGGUAAUUCGACAUCAAAUCCGAUCCAGGAAUUUCAUAAAGAAAGUAGAAGAGAUCUUGCAAUACAUGUGCAUGGUAGAGAUCUUGGGAUGUACUAGUCUCGUUUGUCUUGUUUUAUAUUACGUUAUAAUGGAGUGGGAAAAUAGUGACACGACCGGAUUAAUUACGUAUUUCAUUUUUCUCCUAUCUUUCGCCUUUAACAUGUUUAUUUUUUGCUACCUUGGUGAACUUCUUUCGGAUCAGGGUAUAAAAGUCGGAAUAACGUCUUGUACUCUUGAUUGGAAUCGUCUUCCGACGAGAAGUGCUCGAAGUCUAAUAUUGAUGAUACUUGCCUCGAAUCAUCCGGUAAAAAUCGUAGCUGGUAAAUUGAUGGACAUGUCACUCACCAAUUUCAAUAACAUUAUUAAAACCUCGGUUGGAUACUUCAACAUUCUUCGAAGUAAUUCUCAAAGACCCUUGAAAGUUGAAAAAUUUUUAAGUCCAUUCGUGCAGAUAGAUUCUCAGAACCCUGAAAGCAGAAAAAUUUCUAAGUCCAUUCGUGGAGAUAGAUUGUCAAAGACCCUCGAAAAUUUCUAA